GUCACUCGCACCCUCUUUCAAAGCCGAAAACUCUUUCCACGCGAGCCGAGAGAAUCUGUGCAAACAUGUUGGUUUACCAGGACCUCCUCACAGGUGAUGAGCUUCUCUCGGACUCCUUCCCUUACAAGGAAAUUGAGAAUGGAUUGUUAUGGGAAGUUGAUGGAAAGUGGGUUGUUAAAGGAGCAGUUGAUGUAGACAUUGGUGCAAACCCUUCUGCCGAGGGUGGAGAAGAUGAGGGUGUUGAUGAUCAAGCUGUUAAGGUUGUUGACAUUGUUGACACAUUCAGACUUCAGGAGCAACCUGCUUUUGACAAGAAGCAGUUUGUGGCCUUCAUUAAGAGGUAUAUCAAGUUGUUGACACCCAAACUUGAUGAAGAGAAACAAAGGCUUUUUAAAAAGCACAUUGAGGGAGCAACUAAAUUCCUGCUCUCCAAGAUCAGUGAUCUUCAAUUCUUUGUUGGGGAGAGCAUGCACGAUGAUGGUGUCUUGGUGUUUGCCUACUACAAAGAUGGCGCUACUGAUCCCACAUUUCUGUACUUUGCAUAUGGUUUGAAGGAGGUGAAGUGCUAGGCGACGUAUACCUGGUUGGGGAGUUUGAUGUUUUUGCACUCUGUAGUCUAACAUCGUCUCAUAUACUUUUCUUUUACAUUUUACCUGGGAAAUUCCCUUGGUAUUUUGGUUUUAUGGUAUUAUUUAUUGUUAUGAUUAGACAAACUGACAGUUGUUAAGUGGGAGGCUCCUGUGCUUAAUUCCCAUCAAAUUUUCUUUAUCAAUUGAGUAGACGUCAAUCACGUCAUAUUUUGU